AUGAAAGGAACCUUUUUUCAUACUUACUCCGGUCUUUUCUGUGUGGUAAUCAAUCCGUACAAAAGACUACCGAUCUAUACCGAUUCCGUUGCCCAAAUGUUCAUGGGAAAGCGAAGAACGGAAAUGCCACCCCAUUUGUUUGCCGUAUCCGAUGAAGCCUACCGUAAUAUGCUUAUCAAUAAGGAGAACCAAUCUAUGCUUAUCACUGGUGAAUCUGGAGCCGGAAAGACUGAGAACACAAAGAAAGUGAGUUAGAA